UCACAAAUCUACUUCAUCAACAACAAAAUCUCUCAAAUCCUAACAAAACUCGUAUCCUCACUUUGCAAUACAAGUUUUUAUACAAAAUGGCCAAUGUGUUUUUCCUACAUAAUCCUAACACAUGGAAGGCUACACUUUGUCUCUUCCUCUUAACCACAACCUUUUUUAUUGCCAACUCUGCUAGAUUCCUAGAUGAAGUUGAAUCUCAACCUCAAGCUAUAGGUAAUCUACCAGGACCUGGAGCUGCCAUUCCUUCUGCCACAAACAUACCUCAGGUAAGCCCUAUUACCACUCUUCCAAAUAGCCAAACACCUGCCACCACCACAACAACGGAAUCCGGCGAAGAUGAUACCGAUGCCGACCCUAUAGUCUCGGAAAAUGAAACUCCAGUUGAGGAUAUUCCUCCAGUGGUAAGUCCUACCAUGGUGGAAACUCCAAAAGCUGAAGUUCCACUUCCAGUUGUUUCUGGUGUGACACCGGUGACAGCAAAGCCGGCGGCAAAAGAGCCUUCUUUGUCAUUCUUCAUGCAUGACAUACUUGGUGGAUCACAUCCAUCAGCAAGAGUGGUAGCAGGAAUUGUAGCAAACACUGAUGUAACUGGUUUGCCAUUUUCCAAGCUUAACAACAAUCUCUUCCCAAUCACAGGAGGAAUUCCAUUAGUUAACCCUAAGCUCAAUGGUAUUGUCACAAACAACAAUCUCCCAAACCUUGUAGGUCUCAGUGCUGCUCAAUCCUCUACAGUAUUCAAAAACAGUGGCACUAGCAAUACUGUCAGCGGCGGAAACAAUCAGCCGUUUGUGUCGGCGGGUAAUCUCCCUGCUGGAUUUACAAUCCAGAAGCUGAUGUUUGGUUCUGUGACAGUGAUUGAUGACCAGUUAACAGAAGAGCAUGAGUUGGAUUCUUCUGUUAUAGGAAGAGCACAAGGGUUUUACUUGGCAAGUUCAUUGGAUGGUACUAGUAAGACAAUUGUACUUACUAUUUUGGUGCAUGGUGGUGAGCAUCAUGAUGGGGUUGAGGACACUAUAAGUCUGUUUGGGGUUCAUAGGACGGCGUCGCCGGAAUCUGAGAUAGCAGUGAUUGGUGGGACUGGGAAGUAUGAGAAUGCUGGAGGAUAUGCUGCACUUGAGACACUUCUGAACGAGGAUCAACACACCACAGAUGGGGUGGAUACCAUCCUGCAUUUCAAUAUCUACUUAACUGAGUAGUGAUCCUACCUGUGAUUGGCUUUCAUAUUUGAAGUUUGAUUUGUGUGUGCUGGUUAAAAGUUUAAAUUGGAACUACUUAUGUUAUUGCUUUGAUUAAUGGAACAACACUGUUUAUUAUGCUUUUUGUUUUGUAUCUGUUAGAUCAUUCCCAUUUUUAUUUUCCAUUCUGCUUCA